UUGAAUAGAGAUCCUCGUCCUCCUCCCUCCUUGUGACAAUUGAUUCCUCUCCUCGAUCCCCAUUGCGUCGAUUGAUUCCUGAAGUUUUUAUUUUUCUUUCUCUUUUUUUCAUCAGCAUGGCCAGUGGCAGCGUCGUGCCAGCACUGGCAUCGGUGUUCGGCGUCAUCUUCUUCAUGGUCAUCGUCGCGGUAGUCUUCCAUUGCAUCGACAUGCUUCGCUCACUGGCGAUCAACGUCAACACAUCGUCGACGACUCCAUCCUAUCCUACGAUUACCAACGAUCAAAUUAGGAAUAAAACGGUGGAGGAUUUCCUGAAUGAAAUAGCCAGAGAGAAGCCCAUCGGAUUCACUUCUCAGCAGCUUGCUCUCUUCACCGGCAAUUACGUCACCCAGCUGGGAGCCGGCGGAUUCGGAUCAGUGUACAAAGGCGAAUUACCCAACGGCGUGCCGGUGGCGGUCAAGGUCUUACGCGGGAAUUUGGACAAAGGCGUCGAGGAGCAGUUCAUGGCGGAAGUGGGCACGAUGGGGAGAACCUACCACAUCAAUCUCGUCCGCCUCUACGGCUUCUGCUUCGAUUCCGCCACAAUAGCGCUCGUGUACGAGUACAUGGAGAAGGGCUCUCUAGACAAAUACUUGUACGAUAAGGACCGAAGGCUGAAUUGGGAGACGCUGCACAAGGUAGUCAUAGGCACGGCCAAGGGAAUCAGGUACCUGCACGAGGAGUGCCAACAGAAGAUCAUUCACUACGAUAUUAAGCCAGGGAACAUCCUCCUCGACUCCAAUUUCAACCCCAAAGUGGCUGAUUUCGGACAAGCCAAGCUGAUGGACACGGUGGCCAGCCAUGUCACCUUGACCAGAAACAGGGGUACGUACGGCUACAUGGCGCCGGAGAUAUGGAAUAAUUUGCCGGUGACGCACAAGUGCGAUGUGUACAGUUUCGGGAUGCUGUUGUUUGACGUAGUAGGGAGGAAGUGGAAUCGCGGUGCUGCCACCGGCAGCAGCACUGAGAGUCUGCGGUGGUUUCCCAAGUCCGUGUAUCAGAAAUUCGAGCGCGGCGCAUUGCGGGAGAUCAUAUCCAGCUGUGAGAUCGAGGAAGACAACAGAGAGGAGGCGGAGAGGAUGUGCAAGGUGGCUUUGUGGUGCGUGCAGAUGAAUGCGGACGCGAGGCCUCCGAUGAGCAAGGUGGUGAAGAUGUUGGAAGGGGAGAUGGAGAUCGUUCCGGUGCCCAUGAAUGAUCCAUUUCCCUAUUUGAUCGAAGUAGGUCCGGAACUUGAUGUGUGGAACGAAGGCGGCACCACCACCGGCUCGUCGUUGAGAAAUUACAGUGCAACUACGCCCAUCAUGCGCAGAUAUGAGAUUGAAAUGGAAAUUCGCAACUGAAUUUUAUUACAGAUGCUACCUUAAUUAUAUUUGUACGCGUAACUAAAUUAUAUUUAUUUGAUGGUCGCUGGCUAUCAAAUUUUAUCUACAAUAUUUGAUAAGUUCAACCAUUCAUAUGUGAUGUUUGUUCUCAACUUUAUGACCAG